GCUACCUGCAGGAGACGUGCCGGGCCCGGCCCUCGGAGCCGGAGCUGGUGCGCAGGAGGUACCACAGUGUCCGCCGGGAGGACUUGCGCAGGGUGCAACUCUCGCGGCAGGAGGCCAUCGCCCCGGUCAAAAUCUUCCUGAUCCAGCUGGAGGGGUUCCUGAGCGGGAUGUGCUGCAGCUGUGAGGCAGUGUACCGUGUACUGUACUGGGAGAACCCCGCCGUCUCUUCCCAGUUUUAUGGGGCGCUGCUGGGCUCUGUCUGCAUCCUUUACUUGCUGCCUCUCUGCUGGGUGCUGGCCAUCCUCAACAGCACCCUCUUCCUGGGCAACACUCAGUUCUACCAAGUGAUAAUGGAGCUCAAGGCCUCAAUCGAGCAGUGUGUGGGCACCAAGCCCCUUGAGAGCACUCCAGAGCCUGAUGAACCGCUGCCAGCUACUGCCCCCCUGGAUAGGACCCCCACACCCACCAGCACAGAGGACCUUACCCCUGGCAGUGUGGAGGAGGCGGAGGAGGCAGAGCCUGAUGAAGAGUUCAAAGACGCUAUUGAGGAGGAUGACGAGAGCUCUCAGUGCUCAGCAGAUUUUGACCUCAGCCUCCCAGACAACGGUUUUAUGAGCAAAAAUGAGGUGAUCCGCAGCAAAGUGUCACGCCUGACUGAGCGUCUGCGCAAGCGCUACCCCAGCAACAACUUUGGGAGCUGCACGGGCUGUGCAGCCACCUUCUCUGUGCUCAAGAAAAGGCGGAGCUGCAGUAACUGUGGGAAUAGCUUCUGCUCCAGGUGUUGUUCAUUCAAAGUCCCCAAGGCUGUGAUGGGAGCCACGGCCCCAGAGGCUCAGAGGGAGACGGUGUUUGUGUGUGCUCUGUGCAACCAGGUGCUCAUCAAGUGA